AUGUAAUUAGUUGAGUGUAUUUACACCGGAGUUAAAUUAACUCAGAUUGUAUUUGGUCCCACUCUAUAAAGUGAUAAACUAAAGAGAGAAUUAAGUGAUGAUUGAGCAUUAGUGAUGAAUACUUGCUGUUAACAAACAGAAUCACUGAAGGAAAGAGGAAAAAAAAAAAAUAACAGGAAAAAAGAUAAACACAAGAACUACAACUGACUUCCAGCCACAGCCUUAGAUGAAAUCAACUGAAAUAAAACACAUUAAAUCUCUCAAGAUCUCAGCAGAGGAUGAUUCAACUACAAAUUACCAGCUUCACUUAUUAAUAACCAGUUUGACUUUAUUUCUGUCAUGCAAAAGUUUUUACUGAGAAUUAACAGAAGGUUAUUUCAUAGUUUUAUUAAAUUUCAUUUGAAGGUCACCAUUUUGGUGAAUAGUGUUUGCUUUAGUUGGGCUCUUCACCCUUGACUUUAUAAUAUUUUUUUUCUUCUCUGGUUGCUGUAUUUCUGUGUUUACAAAACACAUUAUUAUAGCAAAGAAAACCAGGAGAAAAUGUGACCAGGUGAUGUUGGCUGUGUAGGAUAUCAGACUGAAUCAGACAAAUUUAAGAUUCGAUCAGAACAUCGAAACAUGAGGAGCCGUCAUGCAUGUAACCCACACAUUAGACUAUCAUGUUUUAAGCACAUAUUAUGUCUUUUUAAUAACUAUUGAAUGAUUUUAAGGGUUAUUCGUGUUUGGUAUGUAUGAGUUUGACAAUUCUAGCUUUAAACGUUUCUUCCAAUUGAUUCUUUGUCAAAUGUAUCAUAUUCUGGUUAUAGAAAUCACAUCCAAAAGUAUACUUUGCAAGAGUGUGUAAAAUUCGGACCAUGUGACUGACCACGACAUGUUGAUUUAUUGGUUGGGUGGAGAAACAAAGCAACCCCCCGAGCCAGAAUAGGAUCUAAUUGGUCAAGACACCAGAUGGGAUGUGUUGGAAGCCGAGUUUAAAAACUCAGGACACCAUCAAACCCCCUCUUUUUCUUCUUCUCUUAUCUUUUUGCUUCAACUUUUGCCACUGCGUUUUGACGCUGCUAUUUAGAGCUCUUUGAGCGUGCUCUGGCCUACGUGCCAGCUGCUACCACAAUGAGAAGAAAACCACCUAGUCUCGCUACAUCCUUUUAUCCUUUUACUUUAGUUUCUUUUCUUUCUGUUGAGUUUCGUGUGCUAAGUUAAGUUUGCCAACGCCGUGUCUCCGAGUCUGACCUCGAGCGCCUGUCUAAACUUCAACCAGCCCACAACUCCACAACUUCAGCCAAGAGCCAAUGCCCAAGAUAUCACCUCAACGACUACUGAACUCUCAGCCAAUCAACCCUUUCUGCAAAGACUACGACAAAAGGGAACCCCUUAGCAAUGCAAGCAAACUGCAUAGCCUGAUUUUAUGGGGCUGUCACAUGAUGAACGAAUGACUCGAACUCAAAGACUCGGGAGAUGAAUCACUUUUUCUGGUACAAGCUGCAUGGUUUCAGCUUAAUGUGAAUAUGAUGUAACAAAAGAACGAAGGACUCAGACGGGAGGUGAGGUAAACUAACAAUCUACAUAGCUUGAAGACCCUUCAAGCAGUGAUUUAAUCAUUUCUGUUUCCUAUAAUUUGGACUUGGCUGAUUUUGUUGAACGAGAUUCAAAUGAUCCGCUCUUCCCAUCACAAACAAAAAGGCUUCAUUUUCGGCACACAUAGACAUGAAGAAUCGGCAUAUGAAUCUCAACAAUGGUACCAGUGGAGCAGAAGUGACUCAUGUGUUCUUCAGUUCUGGUGAAAAUGUCCGUCUGUCCUGUAAUAAUGCUCUUUCUGGCUGCUCAUCAACUACAUGGACCUAUGACAGACAUUCAGCGGCAGUUGAACUGAUUGCUGGAGGGAUAAAGAGGACUGACAGAGAGAGACAUGAGAGACUGAGUCUGGACUCUGACUGCUCUCUGAACAUCAAGAACGUCACAAAAGAAGAUCGUGGACCUUACUCCUGUCGACAAUAUGUGAAUGGAGUACAACAAGGAACUGAUGCACGUGUUUAUCUGCAUGUUCUUCAUGUCUCUUCAUCAUCCUCACAGUCUGAGAUCAGAUCAGGCCGCUCUGUGACUCUCUCCUGUCAGUUAUAUAAUGAUCGAGACUCUUGUGAUACUGUGGUUCGUUCUGAGGGAAUUGAGCUGAUCUGGGUGAAUCAGGCUGGUGUGAAUCUGCAGACAGACUCCAGAUUUCAGAUAUUCUCCUCAGAACAGUGUCUCAGCUCUCUGACUACAACACUCCUGAAUGAAGAUCACAACAGAGAGUGGAGAUGUCAGGUUACACAGAGAAAUCAGCUGAAGACCUCAGCCACAUAUACUGUCAAGUAUUCAGCUCCAACCGAAACAAAGACACCGUCUCCGGUCACCAGCUCUACAUCAGCUGCAGCUCCUACAGAACCAGUUACACAGAUUACCCCAAACCCUUCAGCUACUACACAGCAAGUGAUUGGGAUUGUUGUUGCUGCUGCGUUGGCUGUUCUGAUUACUGCUGCUAUUCUUUGGGUGGUUCGUAAAAAAAGAACUGAUAACAGAAAAGGGACUUAUGACUCUGUGGAGCAGAAAGAUGAAGUGACUUAUACUGAGGUUGCCACACACUGUAAAAUCCAAAAAGCCAAAAAGAAUGAGGUUCAUGGCGAGGAUAAAGUGACUUAUUCUUCUAUCAGAUGAGCCACAGCUGGAUGACCAUUUGUGAACAAGAACCAUCACAAAUAAGUUAAACAGUCAUUAAUUAAACAAAGACCUCCUAAUAUCAAUCGUAGAGGAAUAUUAACCUCAUAUAACUGACUCCUAAGGGUUUCAGUCAGUCCUAUUGUAAAUGCUGUCUCUCACAUUUUUACAAACGAUCCCAAGUGGUGAUCUGACUGUAAUAUUUUGGUCAAUUUGGGAUGUUUAUUUCAAAGUAUCUGUCUGCUUGUUGAAUUAAUGUUAGUACCUUUAUUAUUAAUUCUGGAUGAUUGAUCAACCUCUGUGCUUGUACAAAGAAAAUGAAAGAGUUUCUCUCUUAGAUCAUUCUCAUUAUAUCAUCUAUUUUCUUGAGUGAUUACUGCAGACUAAUUAGCUGUCAGCUUGCGCUAAUUAUGAAAACAGAAAGAGUUAUGUGAUGAUUUAAACGUUUAUCACAAUAAGACAAGAAUGAUAAUUUGGUGUUUGAACCACUUGAGCAGCUGCUUUCAGUAACACGUGUAAGAUCAGAUUUUAUUUGUCAAUAAUAAAAGUAAAGCAUGAAGCAGCCUGUGUCACACAUGUAUAUUUACAGUGAAUUAUUCUUCUGCAGAUUUGGUAGACAUCAUACAGAAACCUCUUGUUUGUGUGUUCAAACCUUUAGGAUAAAGUGGAUGCAGUGGAGUUUGUGCAAAACUAUCUCUGUUAGUGUCAGAUUGUGCCUGUGAGGGACUUUUUUUGUUUUUUCACUGUAAAUACUGUAUGUUGCAACGUAACUGUUUCCACAUCCUCUUUUAAACUAUUUCUGUGCUUGAGGCAUUUGUGAGUAAUGCAGAAAUGUCUAGAAAUGCUUCAUUUAAGAGCUGAGAGUUAGUUUUGAAGAAACAGAAGAGACGAUGUCUAGGGAAUCAUUUUAUGAUUGAAUGAUUCUGGUACUUAAACGGUUCUGUUGACUAUUGUUUAAGGACUUCAAGGAAGAAACAUUUGAAAAUAAAUGCACUGGCAAAAGAAAUCCUCGCCUAAAACCUAUUUGAGGGGGCAGUCAUUUGUAGUGGUGUAUGAACCAUAGUGGAUAUCACAUACACUCAGUCUAUCCCACAAUGCACUGCAAAAAUGACUACAUCUAGUAUGUAAAAAAAUAAAUAAAUAAAGAUUAUGCUCGAAAUUAACUGAUAGAUUUUUAUGUAUACAGGUGCAUCUCAAUAAAUUAGAAUGUCGUGGAAAAGUUCAUUUAUUUCAGUAAUUCAACUCAAAUUGUGAAAC